GGAAAUGGGAUUUUCACUUCCAAGCGUUUCCCAAAAAGAAAAGAAAAGUGGCGUAUGAAUGUUUAACAGACUUGUUACGUGGACAGCAGACAUAGCUCCACAGCAUCAAUAACUCCCACAUCGAAGUGCAUUUUGAACAUGUCCACGCGCAAACCAAUAAAGAAGUAAUCGGAAUCGUAGUUACAAAGCAAGAGUGUUUUUGUUCAUCUGGGUUUUUAUAAGAGGAGAAUUGUUGUAAUGGAUUCUUUCUAAUCUGGGUUUUAUCAGAGAAUUGUAAUGGAUCCCAACCCACAAUUCCAUGUGGGCAUCACAGUGCCUCAACAGAGGAAGCAGGUUAACUUGAGCCCUCUGCCCCUUUCUUCUCCUUCUUUCCGCCCCAGCAACCAUGCCAAUUUACCUUUCAUGUCGUUUGAUUUGGGCAACACCGCCUUCACAUCUUCUUCAUUGCACGGAGCUCCUCCUUUUGUCAGGACCGAGGAAGAACCUCCCCUUCUGGACGAGCUGGGCAUAAAUACCCAGCUGAUAAUUAAGAAAACAACGAGCAUACUAAACCCCAUAAAGGUGAAGACUGAGUUGCAUGAAGAUGCAGAGCUGUCAGGGCCCUUCAUCAUUUGUAUGGCUUUGGGUGUGUGCCAGCUGCUGUCAGGGAAGCUCCAAUUCGGAGUAAUUUUAGGCUGGGUAUGCUUGGCCUCCUUCUUCCUUUAUGUGGUGAUCAACAUGUUAGCUGGAAGAAAUGGAAACCUGGACCUCUACAGAUGCUUCAGUUUUGUGGGCUACUGCUUGCUGCCCCUGCUCAUAUUUUCUGCUCUGCGCUUGAUAAUUCCUCACACUACAAGAACUUCUAUACUGAUCAUGGCAGGAGUAACGGUCAUCUGGUGCACAAGGACCUGCACAACUUUAUUACUGGCAUUUACACCCUAUGCCGACCAACAGCGAAGCCUGGUAGCUUAUGCAUGUUGCUUGAUAUACAUCCUCUUUUCUCUCCUUGUUGUUUUUUGACUGGUUGGUACUAAUUGCAUACAUCGACAUCCAUGUAUAUAUUUGAGAGUUGCUUGGUGCUGUGAUUUAAAUGGUAUUUGAUGCUUUCAGAUUCAAUUAUUAAAGAUGUAUCAGGUGUCUUAGUAAUGUUGACUAUCGCACCGACAUAUGAUACUUGCAAGCUGCUUUUAUUGCAUGUGCACAAUUCUGAUUGCUCUCCUCAAUUGAUUUGAAAAGAGGAAUCAGUGGUUAAAUAUGAUCACGUACAGCAAAUUUUUGUGUCUAUAAAAUAUUAUUAUUAAACUCA